AAUGCAAUGGGACGAUCAAAAUUUCCUGGCAAGCCAUCAAAACAUGUAAAUCGUCAGCGUGUAAAUGUUUUAGCUUGCCCACAAAAUCGUGAAACAAAAGUUGUAAUUGCUGAAAAUAUAUUUAUUGGCCUGAACACGUCAAAUUUGGAUAGCAAAACAGAACAGGAAACUGAAACGAAAAGCGAACAAGACGAAAGACAAACAAAGAAGUUUAAAAAGGCGCAGAUUCAACGUAAACGACGUUUAGUUACGAAAAAAAUAGAACCAAUACGACGUACACAGAUUCGACAUCGUACCAGAUCAGAAUUAUUAGCACGACGAUCCCGUUCAGCGGAUUCCAUCAACUUAGGUGGUAAAUUUAUUUUACCCCAGCGUAGUGCGCAUUCAUCGCGUGUUAUCAAACCCAACAAACGUUUCGUGGACAGUGAAAACGAACCAGAACCAGUGAACAAAGUUAAAACUUCAAGUGAUAGUUUAAUACAAAGUGAAACAGAAACAGAGAUACGAACUUGUGAUGGAGUUGAAUCCCCUCGUGAUUGUUCCCCGGUGAAUAGCGAUUAUAGUACCACAAAUCCUCAAUCAAAUAAUAAUCCUCGAUUAAUAUUACGUAAAGCAAAGUUACAAUUAAAUUCGAAUCAUAAUUCACCGACACAUCGACUCAACGAUGGCGGACAAGGUCCAUUUUCUAUGUCCGCAUCAUCGGUGGACACGGCCUCUGUAUCACCCGGUACAGUUACGUGCGGUGUCUGUGGUGCUGUACGCUUUUAUCGGUUUGUUAAACAAGCUCGAAAGUUUAGUAUAUAUAGUUGUGAAUCCUGUCGAAAGUUUAUAUCGAAAAUGAUAAAACGUCAAGCGUGUAACAAAAACAAUGGAAGUAAUACCUUAGCGAAAUUAGUUUGUCAUAAAGGGCAAGGUGUUUGUCAUGUACCGCCAAUUGUACGAAGUCAACAAUGGAAUUUAAUUCGAUGUGCGUACAAAGCUCGAUGUCCGGCAUGUUGGUUAAAAAUGUGUUUGCGCUCAUUUAAAAUGCCACCAAAGUUACGAUCAAAUUUAGCUGAAAUGUUACCCGCAAACAUGCAAAGUAUUGAAAAUUUAGCAAUGGACACAAAUCUAUCCACGUUUGGAUGGAAGAAAAUCAUUACGCCAACGUUUGAUAGUGUACAAGAACGGUUAACGCCAGCCACCAACGACAACGAUCACCAACGUCCCACUCCUCCAUUGUUACGAGCGCGUAAAAAGGAUCUAACAUCGACCUCAACGCCUGCAGGUCUGCUACCAACCAUCAACACAUCGACCGAUAAAUUAUUACUUCGACAAAAAUUAAGUUUAAAAGGACCCCGAGUUAAACAUGUUUGUCGGAGUGCAUCGAUUGUUCUGGGGCAAACUCCCGCCUUAUUUCAAACGAACGUUCACGAUGGGGAUCAUCAUGGUCAUGAAGGUGUUACGGGCGCAACAAAUACUCAACAAACUCAGAUACCGGAAUGUCAUAAUGAUUUGUCACAAGAUUGUGACGACUGUCAUCAUAACAUUAUUACAAAGAGUUCCAGUGGCGCUAGCAGUGGCGGUAAUUCUAGUAGUAAUGACAGUGAAUUAGAAGAUUCGAAAACAUCAUCGACUACGUCCAGUAUUAACGAUACUUAUCAUUCGUCUUUUAAACUUACACCGAAAUUUCAACAGGUAUGUAGUGAACCUGUUUACGAUGCUUUGGAAGUUCGCCAACAUGGUUUUGGUCUUGUGAUGUCACGGGGUGUUGUUCCAAAACAAGUAUGUUUUUUAUGUGGAAGUGCUGGGCAAGAACAGUUAAUUCAUUGUGCGGUUUGCUGCGAACCAUAUCACGAUUAUUGUGUUGGUUCAGACGCAGCCACAGCUGCGAUUGGUAGCUGGACAUGUCCAAAAUGUGUGAUCAUAUGCUCGGGAUGUUCGAAUAAUGCUACUCGAACCACUCCAUGUUUACUAUGUCGCAAAUUAUUUCAUACAACUUGUCUUGGAAUUGAUAAUGCUUUAUGUUCAAAUUGUUUACAAUGCGUGGAUUGUGGUUUAAAAAGUGUUGAUCAAAUAAUUGGCGAUAAAGUGUACUGUUCGAAAUGUUUCUGUUCGAAGUAUAAAGAUCAUCGGUGCCCACAUUGUAAUAUAGGUUUUGAUUCCAAAAAUAAAAAUGAGGUGAUAUUAUGUUCGGAGUGUAAAUGUGUUUGGCAUACGAACUGUGAUAAUUUGAAUAGUGAACAUCUGAUAAUGCUUCGAACAUUAUCGUUAAAUUCGAUAUAUACGUGCCAUAAAUGUUUACAACAAAAAAACAAAAAAAGUAUUUCACGUUCAAAAACAUGGCGUGAUCAAUUAUGUGCCCAUUUUGUAGUUGGAUGUUUAGCUGUGCUCCGUUCAUUGGCCGAACUACGUGUCUCACAACGUUCAGUCCAUAAUAAAACUGUUGUUGCUGUCUCAACUGUAUCAAAUACUUCAAACAGUUCCAGUUCCAAUAGUUCAAACAGUUCACAGCAACAAACAUCCGAUAAAGACUGUAGUAGAAAUUAUUUAUAUGGUGAUCAAACAGAUUCAGUGCCUGAUUAUUUAAAACAAAAAUUUUUUUUACGUGAUUGUUCUGUUGCAAUACGUAAUAUACAAGUGAAAACGGGUGAUGUUCUAACGUCAAAUAGUGCCUUGUGUUCGUCACAAACCGUUGCGGCAACUCAACCGAACUCAACGUCUACGUCAACGUCAACCGAAACGGACGAACAGUGUUGUAAUUGUACCGAAACUUUAACAUUGUUAGAAGUGAAACGGAAAGUUGUCUCGAAAAGUUAUUUAUCGUUAAGUGAAUUUAGACAUGAUUUAGAUUUAGCAAUACGUGGGAGUGGUUGGAACGAAGUGCUUAAUUUAGUGGAUGAUAUGUUUUAUAAAGAGUUCCCAUGGUGUACACUUGCGUCCAAAGCAACUCUACAUCUUCCCACUUGUACUGUAACACUAACCACCAAAACACCAUGCUCCUUAAUUCAAUGUACAACUUGUAGUACAAUGUCGGAAAGAAGUUUUCCUCAAGCAUCUGAAGAUCUUCGUCCUCUCGAAGAUGACCUUGAAGAAAUAUACGAUUCACGUACAUGUGUAUUGUGUUUGAAUCAUGGCGAUAAGUCAGAUAUCGAAGGAGGACGUUUAUUAUACUGUGAAUCAAAUACUUGCAUACAUGUAGCGUGCGCCCUCUGGUCAGUGGGUGUACAUGAAACCCUUGAUGGUGCGUUGUUAGGUGUAGCAGCCACCAUUCGUCGAGCACGUCUUGUACGCUGCAUGUAUUGUAAACUUCGAGGAGCAACAAUCGAUUGUUCCGAUCAAAAUUGUAAAGCCACAUAUCAUUUUCCAUGCGCACAAAAAGCAGGUUGUGUGUUUGUGAAAAAUUAUCGUGUUUUCUGUGUAGAUCACGGCGAUUCAAAAGACUAUGAUGACGAUGACUUUCAAAUACGACGUUCUGUUUACGUUCAUAUGGAUUUAAAGAAACACAUCGUCUCGGAAUCACACUCAAAAUGGCAGUUUGUGGUUGGAUCUUUGGUUAUUCGUAACUUAGGAUCGUAUUAUCCAAUUUUAUCGGAUGUAGAUGAUGUUAUUAUACCAUCUGGAAUGGCUUGUACGAAAUUAUUUUGGUCGACUGUUGAUCCUUGGCGGAUUGUUCAAUAUAAUAUAACGACAUUCAUCGCAAGCGAUGAAGAUGAUGUUUUUUGUGGUCACGAAAAUAAUAUAUCAAUAGAUCAUUCAGAUCUUCCAGAAAAAAUUGAUCAAAAAUUAACUUUAAUUAAGAAGUUAUUCCAUGAAACUUCUGAAUCCGAUACCGACUAUGAUUCUGAAUCAGAAACGGAAGGCGACUCACAAGUUGUUCAAAUAAUAUGUCGAGAAGUAGUUAAUUAUCUUUUAGAUACAAUAUGCUCCGUUGAAGAUGAAGAACUCCCACAAAAUGCUACGGAUAUCCUUCCACCGGAAAUAAAAGAUGCAAUUUUCGAAGACUUACCACAUGACGUGCUCGAUGGAAUAUCCAUGCAAGAUAUUUUCCCGAAAUUAAUGUCCUACGAUGAUUUAGAAACGUUUGUAAAUAAGGUCGAAACAAAAGAUCAUGCUGAAGAUGAUGUUCGAAUUGUGAAACGUAAAAGUGAACCCAAUAGUUGGACAACACGAUCGUUGGAUGAUUCGCAUAAUAUUUCGUUUGCUGUGAAAAUGAAUCGUGGUUUAAAACGAAGUAAAUCGGAUGUGCUACCAUCGAAUAGUUUUCAUCCAAGUAUAUCCUCGAAUCAACAACGAUCGUGUAGUUUGACCUGGAGUUGUAAGUUAAACAGUAACACUACAAUUAAGAAACGUAAAAUAUCGUGUGUAACAGACACGAAUGUGUUGAUGCUUGAUACAUUCCAAAAUCACCAAGAUCAACGGAUCACGGAUAUGUUCCGACGUCGAAUCUUACAAGUCGAUGGUGCGAACGAUGGAUCAUGUAGUGAUAGUGACGAUGAAAUCCAUAAUCCAAAUCUAUUAUGGAAUUUUAAUCAACAAUCCACGGAUGAAAUCAACACUAGCGAUGAACCGGUUCGUUGUCAACGAUGUCAAUGCACGUAUCGUACACCGGAUAGUUAUACACGUCAUCUGCAAUCGUGUGAUACAAUGUCUACCAGUGAUAGUGAUACGGAAGAUCAACAGCAAAUUGAUUCGAAGAAAAUUAAUUCAACAAUUGUUAAACAUCAACAGAAUAUCUAUUCGAAUAUAACGAUUACAUCGACUACAACGUCUGUGUUACCAUCACAGCAACAAUCAAUACAGAAUCAACAAUCGACGCUUGUUGAUUCAUUUCAAAGUCAGCAAGCGCCCCCUCAACAAACGACAGCUAUCAAUCAAGGAUUUAUUCAACAAAAUCAUUAUCCAUUAAUCAACGAUUUAAUAUUUCAAACGAAUCAACAAUCAACAGCAAAUCAAGCCAUUAAUAAUCCACAAAUGUAUCAUCCACAGAAUAUUACAUUUAAUCCUGCUCCAACAAUACAAACAACUGUCCCAACAGACCCUGUACCCAUACUUGUUGAUCAAUCGAAUCAACAAUUAAACCAACAAUUGAAUCAACAAUCAACAAUAUAUCCAUCGAUUAUUGACAACAACACAAUUACCUUUCAAACAACACCACAAAUCACUCCAAUCAAUAUUGAUUUUCAAGGUCGAACUCAAGUCGUUGAUCAUCAAAUUGUUGAUCACACACCUAAAUAUAUCAUUGAUACAUCACAUUCACAUCAGGUCCAAGAUCAACAAUUUACCACUCAAAUACAAAACUAUCCAACAAUGAUUGAUUCUGGAAACAACAUGGUGAUUUUACAAUCAACCAAUCAACAAAACGAUCUACAAAUUGUAACUCCAACACUCAUACACAAAUCAACCAAGAAAUCAACAACCAUACCGGUUACACCAAGUCCGAAAAAGGUUCGAGCUGUUCGAGGCCCAGUACGACAUCGAUCAAUACAACAGAAACAAAUUCAUCAUAUCGAUCCAAUGACUCAAUUUACGUUACAACAACCAACUAAUACUGUACUAGGUAUGGUCCAACAAACGCCAAUAUUUCAACCGACGAAACAGCUAUUUGUACAUGGAUUGGGUACAACGGAUUUAGUUGUAGCGGAAAGUAUUAAACCGAAUUUUACAACUCCAAACAUUCAAUAUAUAUUAACAACGCCGAACAUAAUGACAACUCCACAACAAAAUACAUUCCAGAUUCCACAAAUCAAUCCAUCUGAUGUGAUGAUUACAACGACGCCGGUUCCAACAAUGGUUGGAACUAUUAUUCAACCACAAAGUUUUGAAUGUGGAAUUGUACAACAUGAACAAUUCAUGUUCACUCCACAAGCUACAGUGGCUCCGAAUCCUGCUCCAAUGAUGUAUGUCAGUGGUUUGGGUACAAAUCAACCCGUUUUUUACGGACUUGAAACCGUCGUUCAAAAUACGGUUAUGUCACAACAAUUUAUGUCGAAAGUUAGUUUACCGGGCUUGUUGGCCCAAAACAGUUAUCAAACCACUCAAGUAUUUCAAACAAGUACAAUUGAGCCAGUGUUACCAGCUGAACAACCAAUUAUGAUGCAACCAACUCAAAUAAUACCAACACAAAUUGUACAACGAAAUACAACGUCAAACUGUGGUCAACCACAACAAAAUUAUUCUCGAUUACCGACCGUGAUCACAACUAGUGGCUGUGCUUCAAACUCAAUCCAAAAUCAUCACAAUAUUACUUUACCGAUUGCCCCCAUCCAUAAUACGAAUCAUAAGCUACCAACAAAUGUUGUACCCCCUACUCCUCAAGUGAAAAUCAUAACAUCGAGCUCGACAUCGACAUCGACAUCGACAGCGAUUAAUAAACCGUCACGACCAAUGAAUCGUGUACUCCCAAUGGCCGUUACAAAACCGGUUAAAACACUGAAUAGCCAAUUGAAUGUAAACACAAAUUUAGCAAAUGUUACAAAUAAUACGACGAAUGCCGAACUUUUACGACCAAUUGAAAUUAAAUCGGAAAAUUGUGAUAAUCAACAAUUAUUUGAUAAGAAUGAUUGUAGUAAAACUGUUGAUAAUAUUGAUAAAUUAACUGUGAUAAAUAGUACGCCUACGCAUACGCAGCAUACAACUGCGCAUACGCAUACGCUUACGCCUCAAACAAUGCCAUCAAUGAUUAUAAAUCAUAAUCAUAAUCAUAAUAAUCAAACACAAAACAGUAGUGAUAUUAAAAAAAUGGAAUUGAAUAAUCAAAUUUUUAAUGAGAAUCAUAAAAUUCGUAUUAUUGAGCAAAAAACAGUCCAAAUGAAUGUAUCGAAUCAGUCUCAGAAUCAUGGACAAAUCCAAACGUUUCAUGUUGUCUCAAAAUCAACACAACCACCUCCACUUACAUCUCCUCGUCCUGCUUCUGUUAUUCCUUCACCCUCCACCAAUUGCAGCGAUACGAUGCAACAAGCUACCAAUCUGACUCAACAGUGUGCGACUCAACAGACAACACCUUCAACAGCAGCUUCGUUACCUUCAAUACCAACACCAACCCCUGCACCAACUACGGAUCAAUUUAUUGAAGAGAAUCAAGAAAAACUUCAAGUUUCAGCUCAGACUCAAAUUCAAACUCAACAACGAACAAAUGUUGAGGAGCAAUUUAAAAUAAAGGAGCCAGAAACUGAAUCAACACCUCAAGCUCCAACCAAUAAUCCAUCAACAUCACUUAAAUUAGUCUUCCAAAAACAAUCUGAAGAAGGUAUUUAUAAAAUAACAAACAAGCCAAAAAAUUUACCGGAUGAAAGUGAAAAAGAUGUUGAAACAAAAACUGAAACACCAGAUGUUUUUAUAUCGGUUGUGCCAGACACAAAAGAUACAAAAUUAGUACGUGAGAAAAAGAUGAAAAAACGUAAAAAUAAUAUUCAGCAUUCAGCAUCAAACACGACGACCACGACCAAGAAAAAAUCAAAAUUAUUAUUUAAGAUUCAAUCACAGGAUGGUUUAAGUUUAACGUGUAGCUCAUUAACUGAAUUGUGGCAGAAAGUUUUCAAUUUGGUACAGGAAUCACGGAAACGACACAACAUGGUACCGUUACCAGUGGACGCGUUGGAUGGCUACGAAGCGUUGGGCUUGAAGAAUCAAAGUUUAAAAUGUAUACUCGAAGAAAUGAAAAAAUUACGUUUAGCGGAGAAACAGAAGGAAUGCGAAGAUGGUGAAUUGGAUUUGGGAAGUGUAGCUGGUGCAAUACGUUGUACCCCAUAUAAUGGGAUUCGUGCCGAUCAUGAUAUGUUUAGUUGGCUUGCAUCACGACAUCGACAAAUUGAAUUCCCAGAAAGCUAUGAUGAUACUAUUUCUAGGAGAGCGUCUUCAAUAAAUUUACCAAUUGCAAUGCGAUAUCGUAAUUUAAAGGAAACAUCUAAACACUGCGUGGGUGUGUAUCGUUCGAACAUCCAUGGACGUGGUUUGUUCUGUUUAAGAGAUAUCGAACUUGGUGAAAUGGUUAUUGAAUAUGCUGGCGAGGUAAUUCGAUCUUCCAUGACUGAUAUGCGUGAGAAAUAUUAUAAUUCAAAAGGAAUUGGUUGCUACAUGUUUCGAAUUGAUGAUAAUUUAGUUGUGGAUGCAACGGUUAAAGGAAAUGCAGCGCGAUUUAUCAAUCACUCGUGCGAUCCAAAUUGUUAUUCGCGAGUGCUAGACAUAUUGGGACAUAAACACAUUUUAAUAUUUGCAUUGAGAAAAAUUCAGCAAGGCGAAGAACUUACAUAUGAUUACAAAUUCCCCUUCGAAGAGGAUAAAAUCCCUUGUACCUGUGGAGCAAGACGAUGUAGAAAGUAUUUGAAUUAA